CAUAAUCCCAAUCGGUACUGACAAAGUCACAACAAGGAAGUGAGGGACGAAACUAAUCUUAUUAUAAAGGACAGAUGGUUUUGUAGAAGCGCGUAUUCAACCAUUAGACCGCUGGUGUUUCGUAACAUCAAGUGUUUUUCUUUGGAUAUACAUGUUUUGGUCAUUGAAGAACAUGAAAUGAAGACAAAAGAAGUACGUGCGCGGAGAAGUGCUCCUGCAAGUGUCUCCCAUUCAUUCAGAUUUUUAAAGUUAAUCACAGACUCCAUGUGGUGUUGACACUCUCACGGCUCAAAAUGAAGAUGAUCACCUUUUUUUUGGUUGGACUGACAGUCCAUGUCAUCUUCUUCCUGUCCAUCUUUGACAUUUAUUUCACCUCUCCUUUGGUCCACGGCAUGACACCCGUGGUCACACUUUUGACUCCACCUGCCUCCAGACUGGUGCUGAUCGUGGCAGAUGGUUUGAGGGCGGACAGCCUCUUCACUCCGCUACCCAACGGCUCAUCCAGAGCUCCUUACUUGAGGAGCAUUAUCGAGGAAAAGGGCACCUGGGGUGUUUCCCACACGCGUGUGCCCACUGAAUCCCGCCCUGGUCAUGUCGCUCUCAUCGCUGGCUUCUAUGAGGAUGUUAGUGCCGUUGCUAAAGGUUGGAAGGAGAAUCCUGUGGAGUUUGACUCUGUGUUUAACGAGAGCCGCCACACUUGGUGCUGGGGCAGCCCUGAUAUUCUGCCCAUGUUUGCAAAAGGUGCGAGUGGAGACCAUGUGUACACGCACACAUAUCCAGCAGCCGAGGAAGACUUUGCCUCCACAGAUGCAUCCAGGCUGGACAGCUGGGUGUUCACGCAAGUCAAAUCAUUUUUUCAAUCAGCGAAGUCAAACCCCACUUUGAUGGCCAGUCUGCUGGAGGAUAAGAAUGUCUACUUUCUGCAUUUACUGGGCAUUGACACAAAUGGACAUGCUCACAGACCAAUGUCACAGGAGUAUCUAAACAAUAUUGGCCUUGUAGACGCUGGUGUGUCAGAAAUGGUGGCGAUAGUCGAAGACUUCUUCAGCCAUGAUGGCAGAACCUCCUAUGUGUUUACCUCAGAUCACGGCAUGACCAAUUGGGGUUCUCAUGGUGCAGGACACCCCUCAGAGACGCUCACCCCAUUACUGGUUUGGGGGGCAGGAGUGCAGAGUCCCCACAAAGUGACUGAAACUCAGCUUUAUAAUGAUGGCUACUUGCAAGACUGGAAACUGGAGAACUUUAGAAGGGUUGAUGUCAAUCAGGCUGACAUUGCUCCUCUCAUGGCUUCGCUCAUCGGGGUACCCAUUCCCGUCAACUCUGUUGGUGUGUUGCCGCUCCUCUACAUAAACAACACAGACCAGUUUAAAGCGGACUGCAUGUAUACUAAUGCAAUUCAAAUACUGGAACAGUUCAAGAUGAAAAUGAAGCAGAAAAAAGAGACAACGUUGUCGUUCCUCUUUACGCCUUACCAACAUCUGACUAAGUCAAAACAAUUAGAAUUCAUCCACAAAGCAAGAAUACUGAUGCAGCUGGAAAAGUAUGGAGAAGCUAUCUCCCUCUGUCAAUCUCUGAUAUCCCACGCCCUUGAAGGCCUCGUUUACUACCAUACCUACGACAGGUUUUUUUUAGGUUGCAGCGUGGUGCUGGGAUUUGUAGGCUGGAUCUCAUAUGUCAUCCUCGUCAUCCUAAAGACUCACGCCAGCCUCAACAUGCACCCUGAUAUCCUCACGCAGAAUUCCAGUCGUACCUUGCUGAGGCUGUGUGUGUGUGUCACUGUGGUAAUCAGUGUAUUCCUGCUCAUCCAGAGGAGUCCGAUCACAUAUUAUGUUUACUGUUUGCUGCCUGUGCCUGUGUGGUACUCUGUUCUUAAAGAGUCUAAAACACUGACAGACUUGAUUAAGGCCGCUCCUGCACUGCCACUCUGGAAAUGUCUCGGCUACUUUGUGUUGGUUGCAUUCGGCAUUGAGCUACUGGUGGUGAGUUUCUUCCAUCGCGCCGUGCUGACAGUGGGCUUGGCUGUGCUCUCGCUGUGGCCGAUGCUGUCAGGGCUUUUUGGGAAGGCCAAGUUCCGAUCAUUGAACUGGUUUCUGGGCUGCCUGUGUUUGGCUGCAUUCCCGCUGAUGCCUGUUGUGGGAAGAGAGCCAAACAUCAAUCUGGUAACAUGUGCAGGUCUCCUCACUCUUUUUACAUCAGCUUGUUUCCUCUGGCCGUCCCACAAGAGGACACCACUGCACACUAAUGAUAAACAGCAGUUUGUCAUCCAGAUGUUGCAUGUGGCCGUGUGUGCGUACGUACCCUCCCUCACACACUCCAGCCUGCAGCAAAAACAGGGUCUGCCUCCUCUCAAUCAGAUGAUCAGCUGGGCCACAUUGGCAUCUUCCAUACUUGUUCCACUGAUGAGCUCCACUCGCCUCUUUCACCGGCUUCUCAGCAUAUUCCUCUCUCUCACAGCCACCUACUUGCUGCUUAGCACGGGGUCAGAGGCUUUUUUCCCGCCAGUAUUAUCCUGGUUGAUGUUUGUGUGGAUCAACAUUGAACAGGAAGCAAUGCUCGCUGAAGGCUUAUCUGGAAGGCAAGAGCUUUCCACUAUUGAUUUCUCUGCCAGCAUUGACAUCUCCAAAAUCCGCCAGCUCAAGUUGGAUGACAUCCGGCGAUCCUAUUUCUUUGUUUUUUUCAUAAUAACAGCUUUUUUUGGCACUGGAAACAUAGCAUCUAUUAACAGCUUUGACCCAGCGUCUGUUUAUUGUUUCCUGACGGUCUUCAACCCUUUCAUCAUGGGAGGGUUGAUGAUGUGGAAGGUAAUUAUUCCAUUCAUAAUCGUGAUGUGUACAUUUGAGACCAUCCAAGUUACAACGCAGCUGUCAUCGAGAAGCUUAUUUCUCAUAGUCCUUGUUAUAUCUGACGUGAUGGCUUUGCACUUUUUCUUCCUGGUGCAGGACUAUGGUAGCUGGUUGGACAUUGGCACAAGCAUUAGCCACUAUGUGAUCGUGAUGUCAAUGACCAUCUUCCUGAUGCUGCUCAGUGUGGUUACGCACAUCCUCACCUCGCAAAGACUGGUUCUGUGGCGGAACCGCAAGAUGCACUUCCCCUAAGUAAACAGAAGUCUAGUUAAGCCGGACAGUCAGUGUUUAGGUGGUUGUCUUUCAACAAUAUGGUGGAUGUCUUUCAUAUUCAGGGGAAUGUACUGUGCUACACAAAAAGUCUUGUGUGAUCCAUUUUUUAACUUAAGCAACAGUAGAGUAGCCAAAAAUUGUACUUUAGAGCUCAGUUACUUUAAAGCAGGGCUAUUAAACUGGUGGCCCGGGAACCAAUUCCAACCCAAAAAUGACACCAUAAGACCCCAAGUUCAGUUCAAAACUUGGAGCAUUUUUGCAGCAAAUUACUAAAAACACUAGAGUUCUUCUGUUGUAAAGAGGAACUUGGAGCACUAAACACAUUGGCAAAUUAUUGCAUUGACAUUUUAACCUGGCUAGCAAACAUAGAACACUAUUGUACAGUUUGUACAUAACUGACAUAACUGAGGUGUUCCUCAAGGCACCCCUUUGAGUACUCUCCUUUUUGGCAGUUUUUUUUGCAAUAUGAGUUAUGUAACUAAGGGGUUUGUUGGAGCUUGUUUACUUCACAUGCAGUUAGUAGUCAUUCGUUCAACUUCUUUAGUUACACUAGUAGUGCUCCUCAAGGUUCCAUUUUAGGUCUUUUCUUUUUCAUCAUUUGGGAUUUUUCAACUGGUGGUCCGUGAUUUCAGUUAAAAUAAUUUGUGAGAGGCUUAUUUUUUUGCAACAGAUUCUUAGAGUGCUGUCAUAGAGAUCAUCUUUGACUAGCUUUUUUGCCGAAAGUCCUUCAAAACGGCAGAGUGCUCCUGUAACUGGCAACAUAAAUAGAUCCAAUGUAUACAGUUGAGGAAGCUGCUUUUUCGGAAUAUACAAAAAAAAAGAGUAAUAGUGAAGGGAGAAAUCCGGCCCCACAGUCCUUAGCUUUCUGGAAUUGUCGCGGCCAAAACAACUUAAAAAGACACCUUUCUGUUUUCAACUAUAGAAACAGACAAUGAAACUUUGUUCUAUUCUAUUCUUAGUUGAAUAUCCCUGCUUUAGUGUAAUAUGACUCAAGUAAAAGAAAAAAGUAGUCAUCCAAAUAACUCCCUUAGUGUAAGUAUUUAGUUAAAAAAACUACUCAAGUAUCAGUAACUACUACUGACAUAGAUAUAAAUGUUAUUUUUAAUAGUUUGUAAGUAAACAUUGACCUCUCCUUAGUAGUUUGAGUGCGGUCAUGUAACUCCCAGGAUCUGUUUGAUUGGUGUAAUGGAGUCAACUGUCACUAGUGCUUACGUUGGAUUAGAUAAACACAGUCAUAUGACAUUGCCCCCUGAAAGAAGUCUCUCUUAUAAGCCAAAAUAGUUUGUCUUCGAAAGCUGUAAUCAAUAUUUUUAAUAUUAUGACAUGGGGUGAUUGGCAUAAAAUUCAGUGUAACAAAGUAAAAGUAGUGUUUCUUCUUCACAAAAAUACUCAAAAGUAAAAAGUAUGUUGCAUGAAACUGUCUGACAAGUACAAUUUACUCAAAAGGUUAAUUGGGUAAAUUUAACUGAAUAAAUGUAGCACAUUACUACUCACCUGUGUUAAUAGGUUAAAGGACACACAUUCAUGUAACUAAUUGUGAUUUGCAAAGAAAUAUAGGAUAAAGUGUGAAGUGUUUGUCAUUUAUUUUGGUACAUCAAUGACACUAAUGCAAAAGGGAAAGAUGCCAUUGCAAAGUUAAUAACUAUCAUUUACCUCAGCUCUGUAUUGUAUGCAUAUGUAUUUAAAGAAUAAUGGAAAAUGUUAAUAAUUACUUAAAUGAAAGCUUUUUUGCACAAACCUAUGUUUUGUACAGGAAUAUUUUUAUAUUAACACUUUUCAAACUGCUACUUGAAUAGAGUUUGGACUGAGAACUAUGUUUGGUAAGGGUAUUGUUUUUUUUUUACACAUGCAGUACUAUUGUGUUGAAGGGAAAAAUUGUCCAUAUGUUCAAUUGAUGUGCUGUAAUAAAAAUGAUAAGGUACGAUUUUUUUGGGCCUCUGAUCUGAUCCGAUUUUGAGUCCCGAGUCAAUACUUUGACAAUAGAUUCUCCAAUUGAAAAUUAUUUAUAGCAAGUAACUAAAGUAAACACAUGUUUUUAUAUUGUUGUAAAUCGGAUGAUGCAUUACAUUUGU